AUGAAAACAAUUGUAGAAAAGAAUUAGAAAUAAAUAAAUCAAAGAUCUCCAGAAAAGAUAUUGUCAAAGAGAAAUAAUAAUAAUUAAUUAGAAUAUUUAAUAAAAUGGAAGGAUCAUGAGGAACCAACUUGGGAAUUUGAAGAAAAUAUUCGAAAUUUAAUUUAAAAUUUAUCAACAAAUUAAUAAGAAUAAAAAACCAACUAAAAUGAUGAUAAAUAAGUAAAAUAAAUUGGGCCAUAAAAAAAAUUAUAAAAAAUUAUUUAAUCAAAUUUUAAGCAUCCUAAUUGUUCAGAAGAGUUAUUAUAUAAUAAACAAAGAGAGAUGACAUAAAAAUAUUGUAAUGCAUAUCCUUAAUCUGGAGAUGAAAUUGAUAGUGUUAAUUUGAUUUUAACAUAAGAUGACUGUCUAUUUGAAAUAAAAUGGAAAUGUAGGUCUGAUGGAGUUUAACCAAUAUCUGAUUUUUAUCAAUAUGAUUAAUUCAAAGUAGUUGCUCCAAUGUUAUUUAUGGAUUUUUUAGAAAUUUGUAUAUUAGGACAUGAGAAGAACACAGAUAUAAAGUUUAUAGCACCUGGUAAAGAUAAUAUUGAAAGAACUUAGUUAAUAAAAAGAAUUUUAUUAUAAAAUCCAAAAUAUAUGGAUACUAAUAAAAAUUAAACAGAAGAAGUUAAAGUAAAUGAAUAAGCAACUUAACUUAAGGAGUAAAAUGGUUUAUCAAAGAAAAACACAAUAAUAACGUUUAUGCAACAAGAGUAAAAAUAAAAAUAAGCAAUUUAAUCAUAAAGCAAAAAUUAAGCAUUAGAUUAUCAAGAAGAAUAAGAGGAUGAAAAGUUAUCUUAAGAGAAAAAUCAUUAGAAUAAUUAAUAAUUAUUGGAAGAUAACUAAACUGAUUAAUAAUAAUCAUAAGAAAAGGAGUAGAUGAUUAAUUAAAAUUAAAAUUAUGAAGAAUAAAUAGAAUAGGAUUCAAUAUCAUUAGAAUAAUAAUAAGAAUGA